UUCGCGGUAUUUCCAUAGGGGGCUCAAUGCACUUUAAUUGUCAGCAAGAUUGAUCACUAACGCGUGAUGUCCUUUUACGCGAUGCGAAGGAGAAAAAAAGGAGAAAAGAAAAGACGGAAACGAGAAAUCACCGAACAAUACCCGGAGCAGAUAACAGCACGAAGCGCUGACGAACACGUAGGUGGGGAACACGAGACACACGAUGUGGAAUAAAUAGUGGCCUGAAAUCGAGCGGAAUUCAGUCGCACCGCUGUUGUACCAUCGUCGUUGACGUUUAUUCACGAAGACCUCUGACGAGUUCCUCGUGAAGUCAUCUAGUCCUAUCUGCAAGCAGGAUAAAAUCAAUAAGUACCCGCUGGGUGAUUUCACGCGGACAUAUUCUACGCGUCGCUUCCUUAUCAAGCCCGCUAGUCGGUGCAUUCGAUUCAUCUUUUCGGUUAUCGUGAUCGUAGCAGAAAAGAUGAUGUUCCGAGUGCUGUUGAUGCUAGCACCCGUACUUCAGGUCGACGCAUUUUUUCUCGGUUUCAUACCGACCAGCCCCAAAAACAACGAAACCGUAGGGGAGUUCAACGUUUACUGGAACGUGCCCACCUUUAUGUGCCAUAAGUAUGGGCUUCACUUCGAAGAAGUAUCGGAGAGAUAUGGCAUCCUACAGAAUUCGAUGGAUAACUUCCGCGGUGACGAGAUCGCGAUCCUUUACGACCCUGGAAUGUUCCCGGCGUUGCUGACAGAUCCGAACGGAAAGGUAGUGACGAGAAACGGUGGUGUCCCGCAAGAAGGCAAUCUCACCAAGCAUCUCGAAGUAUUUCGGGAGCACUUGAUCAAUCAGAUACCAGACAAAUCGUUUCACGGUGUGGGGGUGAUCGAUUUCGAAAGUUGGAGGCCAAUCUUCCGACAGAAUUGGGCUUCCCUCCAGCCUUAUAAGAAACUCUCUAUAGAGAUAGUUCGUCGUGAGCAUCCGUUCUGGGACAAUCAAAGCGUCGAGCAGGAAGCGAAACGAAGAUUCGAGAAAUACGGGAAACUUUUCAUGGAGGAGACACUGAAGGCUGCCAAACAGAUCAGACCGUCCGCCAGUUGGGGAUACUAUGCUUACCCCUACUGCUACAAUCUGACACCGAAUCAACACAGUUCCCAGUGCGAUAGCGCUACGAUGCUGGAAAACGAUAAAAUGUCAUGGCUGUUCGAGCUGGAAGACGUUCUCCUGCCGUCGGUGUACUUCAGGUUGAACCUAACGAGCAGUGAACGAGUCGGUCUCGUCGGAGGCCGUGUCAGAGAAGCCUUGAGAAUAGCGAAACAAAUGGCGAUUAAAAAGAGGGUUCUCCCCUAUUAUUGGUACAAGUACCAAGAUAAGAGAGAUAUGUAUUUGAGCAAGGACGAUCUCGAAGCGACUCUACGAAAGAUCAUGGAUCUCGGUGCCGACGGUCUCAUCCUUUGGGGAAGCUCCGACGAUAUCAAUACCAAGCAAAAGUGCGUAGAGUUCAAGGAAUACGUAAACAACGAACUAGGACCCAUUGUAGAUCGAAUUAGACGAACAGCUCUUGGCUUGACUCAAAGCAACAGCACUCUCGUGGACAAUAGAAUCGAUGUGAGCGUGGACCAAGUUUGACGUAGCACUUGGAGUACCGAUUCUCUUGUAAAAGAGGCAAAGUAUUAGGAGAAAUUGUAACAAAUCUUUAGUUUCUGUCGCUUACGUAUACGGUUAUCAUACAUGACAUACGUAGGAGAUCUGUUCGACCUUCGAAAUAGAAAGAUAUCAAACACGAGACACCAAAGUGAAACCAAAGACUACUGGUUAGGCGAUACUUGGAGAUGUUGCGCGACAUAUUCGAGCAGCGAUCGAAAUAAAAUUCCUACGAAACUA